AUAUAUAUAUAACUUUUUAUUUUUUAAAGAAAUUUUAACUUUUGUUUCUAUUAAAAUACUUGUACUUUUCUUUAAAAAGAUAAUGAAAAAAGCAUAUAAAAAGACCAAACGAUAAAGUAAAGAAUUUCGCAUAUAAAAAAAUAAAACUAUAUCAAAGAAUGAGAUUUAGAGAAACCUAACAAUCCCUGUCAAAAAAAAAAAAAAAAAAAAAAGAAACCUAACAAUCUAAUCUUAACCGUCCAUUAUAAAAAAAGAGUCAAAGAGACAAGACACAAAUUAGACUCAGCCAGUUAACCCCAGCACGCCUCUCUCUCGCAAGCCUCUGUCUUCUCUCUCCAAUCUCCAAUCGACAUUCAUCUAAUCAUCUCCACGCUGAAGGAGGGAGUUCAGGCGACGGUAGCAGCUUCAGCCCAGCACGCUCCCGAAGACCACGACAACGACGAGCGACAGUGAAUUCCCUCGCAAACCACCACCUCACCUCGGCGCCCAUUCUUGCCCACUUCGUCUCGUAUAAUUAUGGAGAAAUUGACAUGGCCUUCACUAAAAUCUUGCCGGCAUCAGCCUUAUGAAGCAAAAGCCAGUGAUAAUGAUCAGUUAAGUCAGUUGCCUGAUGAUCUUCUAACAUUGAUCAUAUCCUUCUGCACUACGAAAGAAGCUGCCCAAACUAGUAUUCUUUCCCGCAGAUGGAAUUACUUGUGGCGAUGUUUUCCCUUGUUAAUAUUCAAAGAUGAAUACCCUACAAUUCCCUCUAUUGGACGAAAUCAGCUGUUACUUCCCCAAGAAAGAUUGGAUUUUGCGAGGAUGGUGAACAGUGUUGUUGAGUCUCAUCUUGGUGUGGCGGUAGAUGAGCUAAGAAUCAUCUUUGACCUGGACGUAAGUUAUGAGUCUGACAUCGAUAAGUGGCUCGUCUUUGCUUUAUCAAAACAUGUCAAAAGGCUUGAAUUGGACUUCACCCCACAAGUUGGCAGAAGAAUUGUGUGGGGUGACUGCUACACUUGGCCCCUUGAGUCUCGUUUGUCGUCGUCUCUUGGUUUGCAUCAGAAUAAUCUGGCUUGUUCCUCCCUAACGUCUCUGUGUCUCAAAUACGUCACUGUGACCAACAAAGACAUAGAGAGCAUCCUGCUUUCUUGCCAUAGCCUCGAGAAUCUUUGCAUUGGAAGCGCGUCAAUGUAUUUGCAAAUUAUAAACCUGCCUCAAACAUCCUUACAACUUAAACGUCUCGAGGUGUUAUGUUGUUACAAUUUGUUAUGCAUUGACAUUAAGGCGCCUAAACUUGUGUCCUUCACUCUUCAUGGCCGGCCUAUUGCUCUGCAUCUUAGAGAUUCAUCAUCACUUUCUAAAUUAUCAAUCGGAAAUGGUAAUUAUGAAGGGGAAAUUGUGGAUUAUGCUUAUAAAUCUCUUUCACAAUACUUUCUAAAGUUGGAGCAUUUAAGUUGGCAUUUGUGCUUGACUGGUGCCAACCGUCCCAAGUGGAAUAGGGGGAUUCUUAAACCACCUAUUAUGUCAAACCUUAAGCAUUUAGAACUCCAUGUUAUAGCAAGGGGUGAUGAAAGCCUACUAAAAUGGACUUACUUGAUCGAGGAAUCUCCGGUCCUGGAGAAGCUCACUUUGAAGUUCUCAAAGUAUCAUUGGUGUUCUAGGGUACAACGAAGGAAUAUAGUCAAGCGCAAAGGGCGUCCCCUCAAAAACUUGAAGACCUUGGAGCAUUUUGGUUAUUUAGGACUGCCAAUUGACAUUGAGUUUGCUACCUAUGUGGUUGAGAAUUCCAUCAAGCUGGAAGAUGUAGUCUUUACUCGUCCAUUAAUGUAUAUAUAUCGCGAUCCCGUCAAAGAAUAUGCAAGAGACCGUGUUUUGGAAUUCAUAAAGACGCUGCCUCAAGAAGUUGCAUUCAAAUUUGGCAAAGCUGCCGACCAUUGCUGCCCAAUUUCAACACCUCCUUAUUUUUAGAUCUUUGCUUGAUCGUAGGGGUGGAGGAGGAAAAUCUAUGUGGAUGAUCACACAAAAUGAUCACUUUUGGUUCAUGUAGCCGACACCAUGCUUUGAGACUAAGGCUUUGAUUAAUCUUCAUGUAUUGAAUUCACUUAUGUAUCAUUAAUUUAUUUAUUAAUGUUUAUACUUAUAUAUCUAGUGUAGAAAGAUUCUGCUUA